ACUGAUGAGAAGAACGUGCUUUGCUUUCUCUCUGCUUCCUAAGUUUUAUCGUGCAGCUGCAUUGCAAAGCAGGACCCGAGCUUCACGUGGAAGCAGCGGCGCCGUCUCGCUUCCUCGCACUCUGAUUGGACCUCGGCGUUAUCAAUCCGCGCGCCGCUCGCUCGCGAGCUCCGCAAACACCGCCUAGCUACGGAGAGAGAGAAAGAGAGAAAGAGAGAGAAAGAGAGAGAGAGGAAGGGGCCGGACAGAAGUGAGAGACAGUUUAUAUGCUGAGCGGCUGUCAAGGUAAGGCUUGGGGACACAUUGUAUUACGUUUUUAUUUUACUUUCAACACUAGCGAACACGGAAGACGGAUUUAGGUGUAAGUAAGCAGCCCCCUUUCUCCCCUCACGCAAAGGGCGCCAUCACAGACUCCUAAACAUGCCUUUCCCCUUCGGAAAAUCACAGAAAAAUCCUGCCGAAAUUGUCAAGAGUUUAAAAGAGAACGUGGCUGUAUUGGAAAAACUCGAGCCAACGGAAACCAAGAAAUGUGAAAAGGUGACUGAAGAGAUGUCAAAGAGCCUGGCCUCCCUGAAGGAGGUCCUGUACGGCACCAGUGACAAGGAGCCGCAGACGGAGGCCGUGGCACAGCUGGCCCAGGAGCUGUACAACACCAACCUGCUGAUCGCACUGAUAGCCAACCUGCAGAGGAUAGACUUCGAGGGCAAGAAGGACGUGGUCCAGAUUUUCAGUAACAUCCUGCGCAGACAGAUUGGCACCCGGACCCCGACUGUGGAGUACAUCUCCUCUCACACACAGAUACUCUUCAUGCUGCUGAAGGGGUACGAGAGUCCGGAGGUGGCUCUGAACUGCGGGAUGAUGCUGCGGGAGUGUCUUCGUCACGAGCCGCUGGCCCGCACCAUCCUCUUCUCAGAGCAGCUGUACAACUUCUUCAGAUACGUGGAGCUGUCCACCUUCGACAUCGCCUCGGACGCCUUCGCCUCCUUCAAGGACCUGCUGACCAGGCACAAGAUCAUGUGUGCGGACUUCUUGGAGACAAAUUAUGAUCGAGUGUUUACAGAGUAUGAGAAGCUGCUGCAUUCAGAAAAUUAUGUGACCAAACGACAGUCUUUGAAGUUGCUGGGAGAGCUGCUGCUGGACCGACACAACUUCACAGUCAUGACCAAGUACAUCAGCCGGCCCGAGAACCUCAAGCUGAUGAUGAACAUGCUGAGAGACAACAGCCGCAAUAUCCAGUUCGAGGCUUUUCAUGUCUUCAAGGUGUUUGUUGCGAACCCCAACAAGACGCAGCCGGUGAUGGACAUCCUCCUGAAGAACCAGACCAAGCUGAUGGAGUUCCUCAGCAAGUUUCAGUCGGACCGUUCGGACGACGAGCAGUUCUGUGACGAGAAGAACUACCUGAUCAAACAGAUCCGGGACCUGAAGAGACCCCCCGCGCCACAGGAGGGCUAGCCCUGAUCACCCCCGCCCCCUCCUCAACCUGCCCCUACCCCCGAGGAAACAACCUGCUCAAGCACAUCCGGGCCCCGGAGAGACUCCCAGCACUGCAGGGGACCUGGCUCUGCUCAACCUGCCCCUGCCCUCUUAGCUGCUGCAAAAAUCCAAGACCACCAGGGCCACAGGAGGCCCCACUAACCCAGCCCCUGCACCCGCUGCCAAGAGAAAAUCCUUCAAUUCACCAUAACCAAGAGCAUAACCAAUAACUACAAAAUAUACCUCCUUCUUAGGGUGCCUGGGCUUAAAAUAAUAAUAAUAAUAAUAAUAAUAAUAAUAAUAAUAAUAAUAAUAAUAAUGAAACACAGCAACAUGGGAGGUGUGUGCAUGAUUUAUGUGCAGCAGGUUAUUUGAAUUGUAGUAUUGUAUAUUUUUUUAGGAAGCUCAUCUCUAUCUGUCACAUGCAGUGCUGUCUGCUGGGCUUUAGUCUCAAUAAGGGAUUGUAAUUUAUGUAACAGAGAUGGGCAACUGUGGUCCCCAAGGGUUAUUCCAGUCCAGGUAAUAGAGGUGUCAUUAUUUACUGAAAUUAGGCACUUGAUCCUGAUACACAUGUUGGUAUUUCUGUCCUUCGGUGCACACAAUUGAGUGAUUACCAAAGACUCUUGGAUACUGUUGAGGCUGUUUAAUGAUUUUGCAUGCACUAGAAAGCAGUGGACCUUGUUGGAACAGCAACCUGGACUGGAAUAGCCCCUCUUUGUCCACCCUGGGAGGAAGGGAGAUGGUCAGAGGGAGAGUAGGUGGGUUCCUGCUAAGAAGAAGUUAAUUUAAGUUCCUGUUUUAACAAGUUAUAAAUAUUAUUUACAAUGUUGGCCUGCACACUGUCUUGCACACUUUAGUAAUAUGCCUUAUAGCCUCCUAUCACAGUCCUGUGUGCGGCUGCAGUACCCCCCCCCCCCUCCUCUAGCUGAACUGUGAUUAGAUACUUCAUGAGCUGUGCUGGUACUGACAGGAAGAAGCACAGGUACUGGGAAGCUGUCAAUUGCUUCCCCCCUGCAGCACUAAACAGUGCCGCUUGGUUCCUGUGUGCAAGCAGGGAUUUGUAGAACUGUAGAAAAAGGGGUCGUGUAUUAAUGUCAAAUACAAUAACAACUUAACCUUACCAACCCUACAAAAACGAAUCCGGAACUAGAAUCCAAUAGCAGUGUAGGGCAUGAUGAUGAAUACAAAGAACUACUGUGUAGAAAAAGCAUUUUAAAGCAGCACACGAAAUGUAAGGAAUGUGCCCAAAAAAUGCACUUUGUCAGGAUGCUAUAAAAUAUAAAUGUGUGCAUGCUUAUAAAAAAAACAAGAAGGGUAAGAACCAACCCAAUUGACCGUGCUAGCAGACACACAAUGCAUUACUACUAGGCAGGGUGUGAUCUAGGCUGGGAUUCAGCAGCCCUGCGUUUGAAAAGGACUUUGUGGGGUGGGGUGACUGCGAUGUACGGCACUUCCGCCUCGUUUAAGCUGCUCCCAGUGUGAUUUAAUGAAUUGAGCAUGAAUACACAUGGGGGCUAGGGAGUGGAAUUAAACUCGAAAUGACCUGAACUGCUUCACUUAGCUGCUGCUGCUGAACCAGGACAAAUCUUUGCCAUGGUGUGGGAGAGGCUGCAAUUACAAACCUGCAGCAUGAUGUUGCUGCUCUUUGUUACGCCUGAGUGUAAAUCUGCGCUUUUCAUUUUGGGCAUUAGAAGACUGGCAAUGUAAUCACAGCAAGAGAAAUGCUGUCCACCAGUGAUUUGAAAUUGCUGUUAAUUAACCAUUCCUUUCAUGAUUGUUAAUAGAAAUCUAGUAUUGCAUGCACAAGUGUGCAAACCCAGAUUGUAUUUGUUUUUUGGGCAAGGUCUUUUCUAACAUUUCAAAAUGUUCCUGGUUUAAAAAAAAACAAAGUGGUUUGAAGUAAUGCUGCCUGGACAGAGUGAAGUGGAACAGUUGUGUGAGAGUGACCUGUGUGAUGGCUGUACCCACACUCACACUGAUGCACAAACAUUUUCAAUAUUGUAUAUAGGAGCAUUUUAUGCACCAAAAAAAGCACCCCAAAUGAAACAAUGAUUUGUUAAUGUUUCCAGAUUUUAGAAACACCACCACCUCCAGCCCCCGGUGCCAGAGCCUCCUGGUGAGCACUGCCCUUGGCCAGCCUGCAGUUCCUGUAGGAACACUCGAGAUGUUCAUUCAAAGGGCUGCUAACGGAAACAACGUGAGUUUCUUUUAAGUGCCGACAACUGAGCGCAAGCGAAACGACAAAACCCUCCAAAAUAAAGACAAACAUCUAAAUAUGCUCCGAUAUUAAAAUGUAACGUGGUCAGAUCUGGACAGUAGCUGUGUUACAUUGCAAUGGUCUUGCUGUCCAGGCAGCGUCUUGAGCAGUUCAAGGCUAAGCUAGUAGAGCAGAGCGUUGAGAAUGCGGGACUGAUCAGGACUGCAUUUCUGUUAUGGUUGGCAUGUGAUGUUUGUGCUUUACAAAGGACACCUUGUUCCCUGGCAUAUCCAUGACCACGCCCAGUACAGUGUAUGGCGUAUCUGUGGUUCACAACCGUAGAAGUCCAGCUUUUAAACCAGUCCCAUCAGAGCCAAACGUAAACAGGCUGACGACUGAGCCGGUCCGUGUUUUACUGAGAGUUUACUUAGUAAUACCUUUUUUUUAGAUUAUUAUUAUUAUUAUUAUUAUUAUUAUUUAAACAAUUAGAUUAUUAAUAUUUCGAAAAAGUCAUGGGGCAUCUUAUGUCGACGAGAUGUAUAACUCAGUAGUAAAUGUUGCUGUAACACAGAUUUAUAUCAACCAAGAUGGACACACUGAUGUAUGUAUGUAUGUGUGGGUGGUUUAGUGUGGAAGUAAACCCAAUUCAAAUAUAUAGGGCUGGUUUCACAGACCCUGAUUGGCACUAAUCUCGGAUUACCUUGCCUAACAUUAGGAAGUUUAAGAUUGGUGUGAAACUAGCCAUGUAUGUAUAAAUGGGGGGGUGUUUGUAGUACUAAUUCUCUUGCUUUUUACCUUUUUAACAUAAUAAUAAUAAGCAACUACAGUUCUGCAAACUGCUACCUUUGUUUCUGCCAUUGUUGAUGGCUUUCCUGUCUCCAAACAUUGCCUGUUGGGGAGCUAAUGACUUGUACAUAAUGUUUAUUUUAUGUGGUGAUACAAUGGUGUUGGAAGUAUAUUUAAGAAAAUAAAAUUCCUUUCAUACCUGUUUUACAA